GUGACGGAGUGAAAGCUAAGCUAGCUGCAGCUAGGCUAGCAGGUACUCACAGCUGUAGUGCCUGAUGUCUGCGACGUAAUCAGGUACGGAAAGAAGAUGUGGCUAUUAUUAAUAAUCUGUUACAGCGGCCUGAUCACGCUAAACAUGAAAAAAUGCGUUUUCCUACAAUGAUUUGCGAUGUCUCUGUGGGCAGCAGCUAGCGGGGCAGCGUCUGUGUAAAGUUAGGAAGAGUCUCCGCGUCCAGGCACAGUGCAGCUGGAAGGACGCCGGGCGAGAGUCAGUGCUGCUAACCGGCUGCUGCUUACGCUUUAAGACGGAGAUAAAUGCAGUUCUCACGAUCAGAAGUUCAACGCUGAAAACAUUUCCCGCAUCGCGGUACUUUACGACCUUGUUUACGUUAUUUUGAUAGCUGGCUAACUAGCAAACGCGCUUUUAUUGCAGACACUUUGCGCGUCUGGAGUGGGAUACUCGGAGUUAGCUGUGGAAGUUUGACACCAGGGAUGUCAGGCUCUUUAACGGCGGAGCAGCGGCGGAGGAUCGAGGAGAACCGGCAGCGAGCUUUAGCGAGGAGAGCGGAGAGACUUGCGCUUCAGCAGGCAGCUGCGCCGGUCCGCGGACACGCUGCUGCUCCUCCUCACACCGCCCCCAGCAUCCACCCUCAUCUGCCAGCAUCACACACCGCUACCGCCCCAGCAGAACCCCCGCACUGCAAGCAGGUCCCGCCAUGGCAAAAGCCAGGAGGCACCCUAACGCCCCCCUCCUUAAAACAGACAAAGAUUAUAGCUCCUCUGCCGCUCCCUGCAGCCCGACCCUUUCCCAAAGGCACAGAUUCCACCGACUCCACAUCUACAGAAUCCAAGUCUGAUGUGGUCACCCAGUCAAACCUGACAGCAGGUAGUUUCUAUGGGAAAGGAGUGAAGUCGGAGCAGAACCACGAGAAGGCGCCCCCAGCUGGUGCCGGCAGCGGGCCGCCCGCAAAGAGAGCAGCAGUUUCUGUGAGGGGGAAGUGUGUGGCUGACUCUGCGGGACGCUUCCGAGUGGAGGUGGGUUACAGCGCCGAGCUCAUCGCUGUGUUCAAGAGCAUUCCCUCCAGGAACUACGACCCUGCAACAAAGAUGUGGAACUUCAGCCUGGAAGAUUACCACCAGCUCAUGGCCGAGGUGGCGGGUUUGGCGACCGUGUCUCUGCAGCCGCUGGACGGGCAGCGGGAGGCGGGGGCGGCAGUGGGGGGCGUGGUGCCCGGUGCGGGGGGUGUGUCCCGCCCCGCCUCGCUCGGCCCACUCCUGCGGCUCUGUCAGGGCUGGCAGAGACCCGGUGCCACCCUGCAGGGCCGCUGUGCCCUGCUCUCCCGCUCACGCUUCCAGGUGGACCUGGGUUACCAUGCUGAUGUUAUCGCUGCCUUCAAACAGAUGCCCUCCAAGAACUAUGACAUGAAGACCAGAAAGUGGGAUUUCCUGCUGGAGGAUUACAAGAAGCUAAUGGAUGUUUUGUUAGAGCUCCCCCUGGUGGAGGUGGAGCCUCUGCCGCGUGCAGUGGUGCAGGCCUUCUCCUCACAGUUUGAGCGGAGCCAGGCCACGCCCAGCGACGUCCCCGAGGCUGACCUGUCCGCCAUCGACCCCGUGCUCACACGCAGCCUCAUGCCAUUCCAGAGGGACGGCGUCAACUUUGCGGUCUCCAGGCAGGGUCGGCUGCUCCUGGCUGAUGAUAUGGGUCUGGGGAAGACGGUGCAGGCCAUCUGCAUCGCUGCGUACUACAGGGAGGAGUGGCCUCUGCUAGUGGUCACGCCCUCGUCGGUACGCUUCACCUGGGCAGAGGCAUUUCGGCGAUGGCUGCCCUCUGUCAGGCCGGACAGCAUCAAUGUGGUGGUGACAGGGAAGGACCAGCUGCGUUCAGGCCUGGUCAACAUCAUCAGCUACGACCUGCUGAGCAAAAUGGAGAAGCAGCAGUCGAGCAGCCCCUUUGGCGUGCUCGUCAUGGACGAGUCCCACUUCCUGAAAAACAUGAAGACCGCUCGCUGCAAGGCCGCCCUGCCAUUACUGAAGGCUGCUCGGAGGGUGAUCCUGCUGUCGGGCACGCCGGCCAUGUCUCGGCCCGCCGAGCUGUACGCCCAGAUCCUGGCAGUGCGGCCCGCCUUCUUCCCCAGGUUCCAUGAGUUCGGGGCCCGCUACUGCGAUGCCAAGCAGGCAAAGCAAUUGGCAUGGGGGUGGGAUUACUCUGGCUCCUCUAACCUGCUGGAGCUGAGGCUUUUGUUGGAGGAGUCCCUGAUGCUGCGUCGUCUGAAGUCAGACGUGCUGUCCCAGCUGCCCGUCAAGCAGCGCAAGGUGGUCACCGUGACGACCGACGGCAUCACCGCCCGCGCCAAGGCGGCACUGGCCGCUGCUGCCAAGGACCUCGCGAAGGGGCGCCGAAACAAGAUGGAGGAGAAGCAGGCACUGCUGGUCUUCUUUAACCACACUGCAGAGGCCAAGAUCCGAGCCAUCAGGGAGUACAUCAUGGAGCUGCUGGAAUGCGGGAGAGAGAAGUUCCUGCUGUUUGCUCACCACAAGCUGGUGCUGGACGCUGUGACCACCGAGCUGCAGGAGAAGGGGAUUGGCCACAUCCGGAUCGAUGGGGCCACGCCCUCCGCGGAGCGCCAGGCACUGUGCAGCAGGUUCCAGCUGUCGGAGAAGAGCUGCGUGGCUGUGCUGUCCAUCACCGCCGCCAACAUGGGCCUCACCCUGCACUCCGCACACCUAGUGGUGUUCGCCGAGCUCUUCUGGAACCCAGGGGUGCUGAUCCAGGCAGAGGACCGGGUGCAUCGCAUUGGACAGACCAGCAACGUGGAUAUUCACUACCUGGUGGCCAAAGGCACUGCUGACGACUAUCUGUGGCCUCUGAUCCAGGAGAAGAUGAAUGUGCUGGAACAGGCUGGGCUCUCAGAAUGCAACCUCUCUGAAAACGCAGAAUCUGCCAGCUUCUGCUGCAGGGAUCCGCAGCAGAAGAGCAUCGCAGAGAUGUUCCAGCGGUCCUUCACAGAGGAGCCGGACGAGGACCAGGACGAGGCCCUCCUGCUGCAGGCUGCAGAGGCGUGGGACGACAGCGACCCAGGAAGCACUACCUCUCACCCAGGAAAAGCAACACAAAGCCCAUCCAAAAAAACCAUCAAGGACUUCUUCAGCCAGUGA